GCACCGGGGCCCGGCUCGUCUGCCCACCCCGAGGCGGGCCCGGGCGGCCGCGCUGCCGGCGCCCAGCUGCCUGGAGCCGGGCCCGGCGCUGCCCUCGGGACAAUACAGGGGCUCUCCCCGGGAAGGGGCUCCUCCCCGGGGUACGCGUUUCGCCGGGCCUUUGUGGAGCCGUCUCUGCGGAGAGGCUCGCGGAGGCCGGGGCAGUGCCGCCCGGGGGGAGCGCAUUGUCUGCGCCGUGGAGCCGCCGUGCCUCCCCACGGAGCCGGGAGAGGCUUCGGGGCAGCGGGUGGCUCCACGGCGCAGACAAUGCGCUCCCCCCGGGCGGCGGGUGGCCGAAGGAGGCGCUGGGUGAAACGCUGCUCUGGGGGUCGCUUUAAACAUGAACCGGCAGCCCCGGGACAAUUAAUGUGACCGAAGAGGCGGCCGAGGAGACUGGCAGUUAUUGCGAAAGUAGCUGUCGUGUGAAAGAUGACUUCUAGGAAGAAAGUGUUACUGAAAGUCAUCAUCCUUGGAGACUCUGGGGUGGGAAAGACAUCGCUCAUGAACCAGUAUGUGAACAAGAAAUUCAGUAACCAGUACAAGGCUACGAUAGGUGCAGACUUCCUGACAAAAGAAGUGAUGGUGGAUGACAGGCUAGUGACAAUGCAGAUAUGGGAUACAGCAGGCCAAGAACGGUUUCAGUCUCUGGGAGUUGCCUUCUACAGGGGAGCAGAUUGCUGUGUGCUGGUAUUUGAUGUCACGGCUCCCAACACGUUCAAAACCCUAGACAGCUGGAGGGACGAAUUCCUCAUUCAGGCCAGUCCAAGGGAUCCUGAGAAUUUUCCUUUUGUUGUGCUGGGAAACAAGAUUGACCUAGAAAACAGACAAGUCACCACAAAACGGGCACAAGCCUGGUGCUACAGUAAAAACAACAUCCCCUACUUUGAAACCAGUGCCAAGGAGGCCAUUAAUGUGGAACAAGCUUUCCAGACGAUUGCACGAAAUGCACUUAAACAGGAAACCGAAGUGGAACUUUACAAUGAAUUCCCCGAACCCAUCAAACUAGACAAGACUGACCGAGCGAAGGCUUCUGCGGAGAGCUGCAGCUGCUGAGGGGAGUGGGAGGGGUUGAGCACAGUCCUUCACAAAUGAAUAUCACACUUAGGCCUUCAAACACACAGCCCCUCUUCUGUGUUUAAAAUGAAAUUACAAAAAAAAAAAAAAAAAAUUGCAUCUCCAGCUGCCAAAAUCCACCCAUCUCUCAUGAGCAUCUGAGUCCUGCGCUUCAGAGCUCACGUCCCCACACCAUCCACAUCACACUUCAUGGUAACAGACCUUUCUCUUAGUUUAAAAUGGAAACUCUUAUGUAUGUUGGGAACUGAAUCUAAUUCCAGGUGUCCAAUGGAGAGAAACUGUUUACAGGUAAUCUGUGUAACAAGUUACAUUUUUAACUGUCUCGUGUUUUCCCCGUGAAGGCUGCAACUGGAAAGGCUGAUUACCCAUAGUUCAUUGCAAGCUCAGCACUCAGUCAGACUAGGUUGAGUUUUGUAUGUAUCUCUGUUAAUGCUUGUUACUUUUAACUAAUCAGAUCUUUUUACAGUAUCCAUGUAUUAUGUAAUGCUUCUUUAGGAAAAAUCUUAUAGUACAUGUUAAUAUAUGCAACCAAUUAAAAAUGUAUAAAUUAGUGUAAAAUUCCUGAAUUACAUGUUCAAGUACUGAAACACAGGUUGUGUAGAAAGUGAGGAGGACACUUGUGACCUGCAGCGUGCUAGCAACACAGAGUCCAGAUAGAGGCAGUAUUCUGUACAGUAGAGAUGAACUAUGUAAGCCUUCUUGUUUUGAGGCCAAAAAGGCUUCAUUUUCUGGAAAAAUCUGUCUGGCUUCCUUGUAUCUAAAUUCUCAGAUUUGCAUAACAGCAUUGAUAUGCACACUGGAUUAUUGGAUUUAAAAUUAAAUACAGCUAUGAAAUGA